CAUCUUUCGAAACCGCCAUUCUGCCGAUGGGAUCUCUGCUCGCGACGGCCGAGCAUCAUUUCUUCCGACAUUUUCCCAAUUCUCCAAUUUUUGGAUAUUCAAUGGCGUGCCUGGUCAUCGCCUCUCCACCACUCUCCUCUCUCUCUUCCGGCCCUAAGUCCGUAGCAGUUUUGGCGGCAAAUCCUUCGCUCCCCCGGCGUUCCCUUCUGCGUGUGCGUUGCCGGACAAACAAGAGGCUCGUGUAUGCCUCCACCAUUUUCCAGCCUACCUACUUCUCAUCCGUAUCCUUCCCCUUCCCGCUAAGAAUUUUCAACCAGCCCUCGAGUUCUUCCGGCAGUGCGCUUGUGAUUGCCUUCUUGCUGUCCUCCGUCUUUGCUGCGCUCGCCUUCGUCUUGAAAUCAAGGCGAAAGAGGCGCAUUUCAGAAAGGAAGAUCGUCUCUUCCGACGGCAAUGGCGUCCAAUUGGGACCGAAUCAUGCGGCGGUUUCUGGUGAGUCUCUGCUGGGAGUUUCUGGGGCGAGAAUUAUCUUUUCCAACGACGGAAUGCAAGAGGAGGAGGAGGUCACUCAAGCUUGUGACUCAAUUGGGAGGCCUAGGCAGGAUUCAGUCAUUUCUUCGUUAAUCAACUCUUCAAAUGCCUUUGGCCGGGGUUUAGGGUUUAGAGAAUCGUCGAUGUUAUCGUCUCCUUUUCGGGAGACUUCGGGGAGUGAAUUUGGUGAGGCGGGAAACUGUAUUGUUUCUCGGGAUGCAGCAUCAGGUGGAAUUAGCAACGCCAUGGCUGCUCACGGUCAAUUGCUUAAUGAGGUGAAGAAACUGAGCAAGGGUGUUCCGAUCGACAAAGGAUUGAUAUACUUCCAAAAUGUCGUGUCGGAAAGGUUCUGUGACGAUAUAGAAACGGCCGGAAAUGACAAUCUGUCCGAAAUUGAUCUUCGAUUGACCAAUGACGGAAUGGAGGGAAGCGAAGAAGUGGUUGAAAAUACAUCACAAAUAGUCUCCGGCGAUACAAAAGUAGUUGUGGACUACAAUUCAGAUGAAAUUUCUGACCAGUUGAUUGACGAAGGAAAGGAAGAAAAUGACAUGGUUGCUGAAGUUAGCGGGGAAUUGCCCAUUUCCCUCUAUGAAGAGUCAAAAAUGUUUUCUUGCAACAGUGAAAUCGGUGACGACGAUAUCACAAAAGAAAUUGAUCUUUGGACUAUUCAUGACGAAAAAGAGGACCGAAACCGUCCUUUGGCUGAUGAUGAAAGAGAAAGAAGCGAAGAAUUCACAAAGAGGCGUGACACAUCAAAUGCCCAUCUCCAUGAGGGGUCAGAAUUAACUAUUGGAGAUGCAGAAAUGAAAGGAAAUGUCUUCAAACAGAACCUCCCGCAAACGAUGGAAGGGGAAACAGAAAUGAGGGAUAAAACUACUGAAGCUUCUAUUGAAUCAAUAGGCUAUCAUAAUGAAGAGGAUGGCCAUGGGUCAAUGGCAAUAUCCAACCAUUCAAGUAGGAACCCGACGCCAGUUAUGUCCUUCAGUUCAGAGUUUGGCGUGGAGAGUUGCUUGGGGAGUUCCACAACUGACGAACAGGAAGAGAUAUCUGAUGAAGAUGCUUUACGAAGGGCUAUGCCAGCAAUUGCUAUGGGAGCAGGCAUAUUCGGGAUGUUAACUACUGGAGUGCAUGGAGGUUUGGAAAUGGUAGGUUUUGUUGCUGCCACCAGUUUCAUUGCAUAUGAUCUAUUGUGGGCUUCGAAUAGGAAAAGGUGGUGGAAUGACAUCACAAAAGUCAGAAAUAGAGAGGAGUUAAUGGUUUUCCUGAGAUCAAGAAACAUAGUAAAUGAUGUAUAAAGUUAUAAACCUAUAUUGUACAUGGGAUUCUGAGAAUUGGUUCGGUGGCAUAAAUUUUUGAAUGUAUAUAAAGAUUUUGAGAAAUCAGAGAGUUUUUGUAUAUCCAUGUCAAGCAUAGCUUUUCCUCCUUAA